GAAAAAUCAUGCGAACAUAUUAUGGCUAGCGAAUGGUCAAAUUUAAUAACGAAUUGGAGAUCGCGAAUUCAAACAGUAAACGAUCGCGAACAAAUUCUUGAAGCAUUUUCAAUGGCCAUACAAGAUGUAUUAUCAUCACGCUCGAGGCAAAACAGCGUUAUCGAUAUUCUAUCGCAUUUUAUUUGGAAGAAAGCGAGUAUUAAUGCUGUAACGCUUUUUAUAAAAAAUUAUAAUAAUUCGCGAGAUGGAUUCACAGAAUUAUCAGCGAUAAAUACAAAAUUUUCAUACGAUCAAAACAAUCAAAAUCUUAAUAAUCGCAAUAUUUGA